AUGUUCUCCAAGACAUUGAACCCUGAGCCUGACGCUGGGAACGCACAUGGUGGCAGGAAGCAAGGGUUGAAUAGGGGCAGAUCCCGAAAAGGUAAACGUGGGAAGUUGUUUGGUGUGAGGGGCCGACUGUGCCCGAUUUUGCUGGCAAGCGUCGACACACAACAAUUUACACGGUCUCCUCACCUCCUCCUCUUCCUCGUCGUCACCACACCACCACCAGCCAUGCUCGCCCGCCAAUCCCUCGCUCGCGCCGCGGCACGCACCACUGCUGCUACCGGGGCUGCCCCCGCCGGUGCCCGCAACAUGGCCACCCUCCGUGAAAUCGAGCUGCGUCUCAAGUCGGUCAGGAACAUUGAGAAAAUCACAAAGUCAAUGAAAAUGAUUGCGUCCACCAAGUUGAACAAGGCACAGCGAGCGAUGCAGGCCGGAAAGGAAUACGGUUUGGCCAACUCUGAGGUCUUCGAGCACGUCCCAACGGACAAGGCCGGUGGCAAGAAGCUCUUCAUCGUCAUCUCGUCCGACAAGGGUCUCUGCGGUGGUAUCCACUCCUCCGUCUCAAAAGCCACCCGCAAAGUCCUCGACGGCGCCGAAGACUCGCCCCUCGCCUCCGCACCCGCGGCCGACGCCCAGGUCGACCCCGAAUCCCCCAUUGCCGUCAUCGGUGACAAGUCCAAGACCCAGCUCGCCCGCGCCCUCGGCUCCAACUUUGCCAUGACCUUCAACCAAAUCGGUAGAGACAUCCCCACAUUUGCCGACGCCGCCGCCGUCGCCGACCUCAUCGUCAAGUCGGGCGUCCAGUACGACUCGGUCUUCAUCGUCUACAACAAGUUCGUCUCCGCCUUGUCGUACAAUGCUGCCGUUAUGCAGGUCAAGGGCGAGCAGGCCUUGAAGGAGAGCGAUGCCUUCAAGGUUUACGAAAACGAAGAUGAUGCUACCAAGGACCUCGCCGAGUUCUCCCUUGCCAACGCCAUCUACGCCGCCCUCGUCGAAGGACACGCUUGCGAACAGAGUGCUCGCCGAAACGCCAUGGACAACGCCUCCAAGAACGCCACCGACAUGAUUGCUACCCUCCAGAUGCAGUACAACCGUGGUCGCCAGGCUGCCAUCACCAACGAACUCGUCGAUAUUAUUACUGGUGCCAGUGCCCUCUAAAAAUACCCUACCACUUUCCUCCUCGUAGACUGGGUGGUUUUUUAGAUGCUCUGUUGUGCUAGUAGUAGUAUUAUAUACAUACCAUUCAUUCCUUUCCUUCGCAUAAAUAAACUAGUAUUCGGACCG